ACUUUAAUUUUUUUUUUUUUUUUUUUUCCUGCGAUUUGAGAGAGAGGGGAAGAGAGAGGUCCGAUGGUCGGACCUUGGGGUCCGAUGGGUCCGAUUGGUCGGACCCCAUCGGACCCCAUGGUCCGACCAUCAGACCUGGGGUGUGGGAUUAUUGGGACCGGCUAGAUAGAGAGAGAAAGAGAGAUAGUUUUAGUUUGGGGGUAUUUUUGGGGUUUUGAAAAAAAAGGUAUAGUUUUUUUAGGGUUUUAAUUAUUGGUUUAUAAAUCAAAUUUUUUGAUUUUCUAAGCAUAGAAAAUCAAAUUUCCCAUUUGAAAUAAUACACUGAAUGUAUGUGGGGAAUGUUAAUUUUGUUAGCUUUAUUUUUUCUAAUACAUGUUCAGACUGAGUAACGUAUUGAAUCAAUUAAGUUAGUUUUGAUAAUAUCAAUGAUGGCCUAGCUAGAAUCUCAUUAAAAAUCCCAACCCCUAUGUGAUUUUAAUUUGGCUCAGCUAGCUCUAAUUAUAUGUAUGUUGAUUAUAAUAUUAUAAAAAUUUUACUUUUAGUCAUGAAAGCUAUCCUUUUUUUCAGUUAAAAGCGUGUAUGGUUGAGUGACUUUGAAAAUCAUGUCUAUGCGGAUCUAUGCUCGACCCGACCCUUUGUUUAUUCCCACUUUCAAGCUUCGUUUGGCUUUUAUUGAUUAUUGAAAUCUUCAUUUCACUAAUAUAAUAUUCAAUACUUGCGAGUGUCCUUGUCAACUGAAAUAUUUAUGACCACAAACGACAUUUGAAUCAAAUUAUCCAAUUAAGUCUAAGCAAAUGUUAACGUCUUGUAAAAAAUAAAUUAGAAUGUGGGGGCGCUUUGAUAAUGAAAAACAGCAAGGCUACCUUUUUAUGCAGAGAAGAAAGUCUUGUGAAUCCCUGCAGCGGGCUCAAUGGAAAAUUUAAUUAUUUAACGUUUUACUGUGCCACUGUUGAUUAGACUUUAGAGGUUAAGAAGAUUUUUUGGGCGGACACAUAAAAAUUCUAACACAUUAUGGUAAGCAAAAGAAGAAAGCAAACAAAUAUAAUCAUGUGUAGUUGGUCUCAAAAUCAUAUUUUGCUUAUCUUCUUUUUCUACUCAUUCUUAUUAUACAAUUCAUUUUUGUGUUACUCAGCUGAAGAUACCAUAACACUUAAAAGUUUGCUCAGUGAUGAGAUAAAAGAUUCUCUGGUUUCAGCAGGGGAGGUUUUUGAGCUGGGAUUCUUCACUCCUAAUGGAAGCUAUGAUAGUAGAAGGUAUAUUGGAAUAUGGUAUUACAAGUCAAAUCCACAUACAGUUGUUUGGGUGGCCAAUAGAGAUAAUCCUUUAUCAGGUACUGGUGGAGUUUUCGCCAUUUCUGAUGAUGGAAAUCUCAAGGUUAUGGAUAAAAGUGGACAAACUUAUUGGUCAACAAAGAUUCCAAGUUCAACCCAGAUGAAUAGAGUGGUUAAGCUAAUGGAUUCUGGGAAUUUGGUCUUGAGCAACAUAGACCCUGAAGACAACUCAAUGAGUGUUCUCUGGCAGAGUUUUGAAAAUCCAACGGAUACUUUUCUUCCAGGCAUGAUGUUGAGUGAAGAUUUAGUAUUAACUUCCUGGACAAGUAAUGGUGAUCCAGGAUCAGGGAACUUUACAUUUCAGCAAGAUCAAGAGAAAACUAAUCAGGUGAUUAUAUUGAAAAGAUCAGUAAAGUACUGGAAUAGUGGAGUUUCAGGUAGAUUUAUUAGCCUCAAUGAGAUGCCUCCUGCUAUGCUUUAUUUGCUUUCUAACUUCACGUCAAAAACAGUUAGAAAUGACUCAAUUCCUUAUCUCACAGCAUCUUUAUACAAGAACACAAGAUUAGUUAUGAGUGUUUCUGGUCAAAUUCAGUAUCUGAGGUGGGAUUCUCAGAUGAUUUCGUCUCCAAUUUGGGCGGAACCCAGAGACAAAUGUAGUGUAUACAAUGCUUGUGGAAACUUUGGUAGCUGCAAUAGUAAGAACAACUUGGUUUGUAAAUGUUUGCCUGGUUUCAAGCCAAUCUCACCAGAAAACGGGAACACUGGGGAUUACUCAAAAGGGUGUGUUAGGAGGACAACUACAUGUCAAAACAAUUCGGAGAUUGACACGUUCUUGGACCUCAAGAUGAUGAAAGUUGGAAAUCCAGACUCUCAGUUCAAUGCCAAGACUGAAGAGGAAUGCAAAGUGGAGUGUCUCAAUAAUUGUCAGUGCCAAGCAUACUUGUUUGAAGAAGCUGAGAUGAGCCAUGGCAGCUCAGCAUGUUGGAUAUGGUCAGAGGAGCUCAACAAUCUUCAGGAGGAGUAUGCCACUGGCCGGAAUCUCCAUGUUCGUGUAGCAGUCACAGAUAUAGAAUUGACAGCCAGGAGUUGUGAAGUUUGUGGAACAAACCUGAUCCCUUAUCCCCUUAGCAUUGACCCAAAAUGUGGUGACCCCUUGUACUAUAGUUUUCAUUGCAACAAUUCUAACGGCCAGGUUAGUUUCGAGACAAAUAGUGGCACCUUCAGAGUCACAAGCAUUAACCCCAAUACACAGUCAUUUUUUAUCAGACUCGAAGAUCUUGAUAAUUGUAAAGACAGUUUUAGUGAGAAGUUUCUCAAGCUCAACCAGUCAUUGCCAUUUACGAUGAGGCGCGGCUGCAAUGCAAACUUGGGGAAUUUUAGUUCUGAUAUGAUAUCUAAACAUGGAGUUGAAGUAGAAAUUGCUUGGAAACAACCAUUGGAGCCACCUUGUUCUUCAUCAGUGGACUGUGAGAACUGGCCAAAUUCAGCUUGCAAUACUGCUCAAGAUGGCAAGAAUAGGUGCCUCUGCAAUAAAAAAUUUAAAUGGGAUAACUUGAACAUGAAAUGUAGAGGAAAUGGCUACAACAAGACUAUUAGGAGAGGAAAAAUGAACUUUGCUUUGAUCAUUAUUAUUAUUCUUAUAACUAUUGCUGUUGUAAUUACUCUCUCAAGCACUAUAAUUUACAUCUGCUGUUGGAGAAGAAAGCUGGUCAAAAGACAAGGUAGCAGAGGAAGCUAUGACAAGAAUGGGGUGCUUCAGUGGUAUGACAGUGACAGAAGAGCUAAAAGCAUGAAUAUUGAUUCAGGCAGGUACAAGGAGGAUGAUACCAAUGGAAUAGAAGUACCAUUUUUCGAUUUGGAGAGCAUACUCACUGCCACAUCUUACUUCUCGAAUGCGAAUAAGCUUGGACAAGGAGGAUUUGGACCUGUCUAUAAAGGUGAGCUUGCAGGAGGGCAAGAAAUUGCAGUAAAGAGACUCUCAAGUAGUUCUGGACAAGGCCAUGAGGAAUUUAAGAAUGAGGUUCUGCUAAUUGCUAAACUUCAACAUCGAAAUCUGGUUAGACUUUUGGGUUAUUGCAUUGAAGGAGAAGAAAGAAUGUUAGUUUAUGAGUACAUGGCUAACAAAAGCUUGGACUCUUUCAUAUUUGAUCGAAAGUUGUGCAUGUCAUUAGACUGGGAUAUGCGCUUCAACAUCAUUCUGGGAAUCGCUCGAGGCCUUCUCUAUCUUCACUAUGAUUCCAGGUUAAGGAUUAUACAUAGAGACCUAAAAACAAGCAACAUUUUACUAGAUCAAGAGAUGAACCCCAAAAUCUCAGAUUUUGGUUUGGCAAGGAUUUUCGGUGGUGAUGAAACUGCAGCAAACACGAAAAGAGUAGUUGGAACAUAUGGCUACAUGUCUCCAGAAUAUGCAUUAGAUGGACUAUUUUCCCUCAAGUCCGAUGUGUUCAGCUUCGGAGUUGUUGUGAUUGAGAUCAUCAGUGGGAAAAGGAACACAGGAUUUUUUGAGCCAGAACAAGCAUUGAGUCUCCUAGGCUACGCAUGGCAUUUAUGGAAAGAAGAGAAAGCAUUGAACUUGAUAGAAGAAACAGUUGUUGAAAGUUGCAAAAAAGAGGAGUACUUGAAGUGCUUUAACUUAGGUCUCUUAUGUGUUCAAGAAGAUCCGAGUGAUCGUCCUACUAUGUCUAACGUAGUUUUCAUGCUUGGCAGUGAAACUGCAACCCUUCCAACCCCUAAACAGCCAGCCUUCGUCGUUAGGCGAUGCCCUUCUAGCAAAGCCUCAUCCUCAAGUAAACCAGAAACUUACUCUCACAAUGAACUAACUGUUACAUUAGAAUAUGGCAGAUAGCAAAAGGGUUCUUCUGUUUCUUUAUCUUUUUUCCAUCAAUUUUAUUGGCGUUGAAUUGAAUUUGAGACCCUUUUCUUUUAAAUUACUCAUUGUAACAUAUCAUAAACUUUGAUCU